CGACGUUUUCAGACCUAGAUUGUUUUCAGACGUGAUGCGUUUUAUGCUUCGAGGCUGUUUGGAAUAUUAACAAAUACGAUGGUUCAUCGAUUUGUCUGUUUAUGUAUAUGGCUUUUGGGCGAUUUAAUGCUGACACAGCAGCAACCCUUGCCGAACCCUGACUCGAAACAAAUCUCAAGCCCACCAACUGUACAACAUGAUGAAACUGAGACGAAAUCAGUGAUGGAGGGAGAUUCUGUCACUUUACACACUGGUGUCACUGAAAUACAGAGAGAUGAACAUAUUCUGUGGACAUUUAGACCUCACGAUUCAGAGACUCGUAUCGCUGAAAUCUAUAAACAGAUCAUCUCUAUGUAUGAUAGUGGUGAUAAUAAGAGAUUCAGAGACAGAUUACAGAUAGAUGAGAAAACAGGAUCUCUGACCAUCACAAACAUCAACAAAUUACACUCUGGACUUUACAAAGUACAGGUCAUCAGUGAAAAGGUCAAACACAUGAGCUUCAAUAUUGCUGUCUAUGGUAUUCUGACAGUUCCUGUCAUUAUCAGAGACUCAUCAUCAUCAUCAUCAAAUUGUUCACUGGUGUGUUCAGCUGUGAAUGUGAGUGAUGUGACUCUCUCCUGGUAUAAAGGAAUGAGUGUAUUGUCCAGCAUCAGUGCGUCUGAUCUCAGCAUCAGUCUCUCUCUACCUCUGGAGAUUCAGUGUCUGGAUGAUUCAUACAGAUGUGUAGUGAACAAUCCCAUCAGUAAUCAGACCACACAUCUGGACAACAUCAGUCAACUCUGUCACACAUGUGAAGAAAUCAGCCAAACUCUAUUUCCACUUAUAUUGCUGCUGUUGCCGUUGUUGUUGCUGCUGGUCGUCGCAGGUUUAGUCGUGUUUUUCUUCUGUCGCCGCAGGAAAUACACACAAGCAAAAAAAGACGCUGAGACUAAUGAAGAAGAGGUUGAUUAUACUGAUGCAACAUUCAUUAAACACAGACCUCCGGAUACGGAGGCUGGUGGACGGGAUCAGACGGUGUAUUCAGAAGUUGUUUUAAGAUGAUGAUCAUUCACAUUAUUAUCAUACAGAUCAGUUUAUGCUCAGGUUUAUGUCAGUAGCAAAGCUCAAAACCUCAAAGUUAAGCAAAAAUGCACUGAUUGCAGCUCUGCUUGCUACAAAGGACUGAAUUUAAGCAUUUUAUUUUAAGCAAUUUCUAAAAGAAUUUAACAUUUGUUAAUAAAGACCACGUUUGUAGGCAAAUACACAAAGGAAAUGCAACUUUUUAGGGAUUUUCAGGGACUCUCGCACGUCAAAUGAAAUGGGUUCAGUCCUGUGUGUGUGUGUUAAUGGCUCCCUCUGCCGACUGUUUGAGACUGUUACAUGAAUCAUGUUUUAACAGCGUUGGCUGGUUGGUUAAGUUAGCUCCUGAUAAAACCAUACACUGUGUGUGGGACAAAAAGCAUUUCAUAAGUUUUAAAUGGCGGCCUUUGACUGAAUUAUUUAAAAACUCCUAAACUUAUAAAGACAAGAUGCUUAAACAGGGCAUUUAUAAUUUAUUGCUGCCUAUUAGCAAAAAUAUCAGUUCAAGAUGAUAAUGUCAGAUUCUUUUGUAUUAUUUAUAAUUUAGCUAUGUGUAAACUGUAGGAAUUUACACAUUAACAUUGUAAUGUAAUAAAAUCGACAAGCAAGAAGUUUCUACGUCGAUCCGUUGAGUGCCGGUAGAAUGCUUCAAAGGUACUAGCCUAAUUUAGCUAUUUAGCUAAUAACAUGUUGGCUAAUAGAAACUAAAUAAUAGCCAAAAUGUAAUAUUAUUUCUGAAUACAACGCCUUUACUUAUUAUUAUUUUUAUUUUCCUGAUGAAAUGUUUCGUAAUGUAAAACAGUAAAUGGUGCAUAUUUAACAAAGUUUUUCCAACUGUUGUCAGUAUUAUUUAUGUCUGUGAUGUGGUCAUUGAUGUGACAGAUGAUUUGAGUUUUGUUGUAAGCAGAUUUGUUCUUUUAUACUUGAUAUUUUACGCUGUAGGAGUUGCUGGCAAAUGUCUUUUUUUUUUAUUAUUAAAUAUUCUCUCUCUGCACUGAUUAUUUUUGACUGUUUAUGCUAAAGUAUGUUUUUGCUCAGAUGUAUAUUAAUGGUGAAAUUAAACAUUGUUUAUUUUCAGCCAUAUUGGAUCCUGUUGAAUAUUAAAUAACAUGUGCUUGAAGCUGUUUCACAGUAUGUGGACUGUGUGUCAAGGACUUGACGCCUACUACCAAUUUUUCCUAUUAUAAUGUAAUCAUUAUGGAUCACAACUUGUAAUAAUUGCUUCAAUGAUCUCAAAUUAAUACAUGAUUUGAGCUAAACGCAUGAUCUAAUGUUUUAGAACUGUUAAUUUCUGAAAUAUGGACUUUAUUUGGACACACUCACUCUAUAACAGAUCACGAAACAUGCAUUUUCUGUAAAGCUGAUAUGAUAUUGUGAAAAGUGCUGUAGCCUACAAAUAAAUGUGGAUUUUUUUAUUAGUGA